UUCCACUUCCACCCUAGGAGCGACGCCUUUAAUCAUUUGCUGACCAACUGCCCGGAUCUCUGAUUUGUCUCUUUUGUUUCUCAUUUGCCCUUUGAUCGCAGUGCUCCAGGCGUCAUGGACUUCUCCAGCCUCAAAGACCAGGUCAGCAACUUGACCUUGUAUGAUCUCAAGGCGGGAGUCCGCAAGGUCCAGAAUGCUGUCAUGAACUACACCGAAAUGGAGGCCAAGGUUCGAGAAGCUACAAACAACGAGCCUUGGGGUGCCUCGAAUUCAUUGAUGCACGAAAUUGCUAGCGGAACCCACAGCUACCAAUUGCUUAACGAGAUUAUGCCUAUGAUUUACAAGCGCUUUACGGACAAGACCGCGGAGGAAUGGCGACAGAUAUACAAGGCUCUUCAACUCCUGGAAUUCUUGGUAAAGAACGGAUCCGAACGGGUCGUUGAUGAUGCGCGCUCCCACAUGUCACUGCUUCGCAUGCUCCGCCAAUUCCACUACAUCGAUCAGAAUGGAAAGGACCAGGGUAUCAACGUACGCAAUCGGUCGUCGGAACUGGUCAAGUUGCUUGGUGACGUCGACUUGAUUCGCUCAGAGAGGAAGAAGGCGCGGGCCAACAAGAACAAGUUUGGUGGUUUCGAGGGCGGUUCGCACGUUAGCGGGGGCAUGUCGAAUUCGGGCAGAUACGGUGGCUUUGGCAGCGAAAGCCUGUCCUUUGGAGGAUACAGCGGUGGUGUUUAUGGCGAUGGCGGUGGCUUCGGUGGUAACACAAGCGACUUUAAUGACUCUGGGAGUCGCUCGAACCGCUUUGAGGAGUACGAUGAGUACGAUGAGGCCGAUGCCGCUCCUGCGCCCCGCCGUGCUGCCAGUCCCCCCCGCGCGCGUCCGACCAGGCAACCAGAGCGUCCGAAGGCCAAGGCACCCGAGCCCGAUCUGUUUGAUUUCGGUGAAGAACCCGUCACAACGACAGCGUCCACCUCAAAACUGCCCGCGGGAGCCAGUGCCAGCAGCGGUCUCGACAUCCUCAACACCGACACCGCCGACGACGAUGACUUCGACGACUUCCAGUCUGCCACUCCCGCGCCUGCACCGACAUCCUCGGCGCAAUUCUCUAUUCCCGGGCCCGCAUCAACCGUCAGCACCACCUCCAGCACGCAAUUCGCCGCUCCCAAGCCCGUUUCUGGCACUCAAGGGUCGAACCUGAGCGGCAUCGUCGGAUUCACCUCGAUGACCCCGACUCCGACCUCGAGCACCGUUGCCUCGCCCACCCUCUCCCAAAGCUCUCUGGCGCAACCCCACAAGCCUGCACAAGCGCAACCCCGACCCAGCGGCUUCCAAGCCGCCACCCCCAACUACUUCACCUCCGUCUCCGCCGCGCAAUCCCAGGCCCAGCCCCCUCUUGGCGGCAACGUCUCCGGCCACCGGCCCGGCAUGCCCUCCACCUCCUCCUUCACCUCCACCACGACCACCGCAUCCGCCGCAUCCAAGCCCGCCGCUUCGAAGCCGUCCGGCGACGCCUUUGGAUCGAUCUGGUCCAGCGCCAGCGCCAACGCGGGUCUCCAAAAAGCAAACGCCAACGCCAACCGCGGGCCCAACCUGGCCAGCAUGGCCAAAGAGAAGGCCAGCGCGGGGAUUUGGGGGGCGCCAGCUUCAAGUACGAGUAGCAAUGUGACCUCGCCAUCAUCAACUCAUUACGGUGGUGGCGGUGGUGGUGCCAAGACGGGGAGCAGCUCGGGAUUGGAUGACUUGCUAGGUUAGGUGAUUGUUGUAUCCAUGCUUUUCUCUUCUUUCCGCCUUAUUUGCUUUUCGAUUUUCUUGGGUAAUGUUAUACCGUAGUACGAG